GUUGCAACUUUGUUGAUACGAGUACCCUCGCAUAUCUAUAAAUACAUCGGACGCCAUCUUUGGUGUUUACCAGUAGUGCUGUAGCUGAAACUUGGUUUUAGGCUCGACGUUCGUUGAAGAGAGUGUUUUCCGUUUUCAAAAAGUGGCCGAUGAUAGACAGUGAAAGCUUAAAUUAUAUCAUGAUGAUUCUAAGAGUGUAUCGAAUACGUGUUGUGUUCAAUAGUCGAAAUUCCGUGUCCGAGACGAUGAUUUAGUCGGAAAAUAGUGUUGGCACUUAACGUGCGAGAUAUCCGACAUACAUACAUCUCUCGUCGUAUUUGUAUUUAAUGGAAUGUCUAUAGAUUAAUUUUCGACUACUAAACUGUACUAUCAGGAAUCACCGAGGACAUGGAGCCAUCAUCGAACAGCGGAAGCGGCGAUGGAAAUGACACCAAGGGCAGCUGUUUGCUACUGCGCUACGCAAGCCAGAAUUCGCUCGACGAGAGCUCACAGAAACACAUUCCGAGGGAAAAUGGAAAGGACAAACCACCCUAUCGAAACCACCAUCACACUAAUCGGGCAUUCGACGUGAUGAAUACCAUGAGAAAGCAAAACCUGCUUUGCGACGUGACCUUGGUGGCGGAUGGCGGGGUGGAAGUUCCUGCCCACAAAAUGGUGUUGGCCGCGUGCAGCCCGUACUUUUAUGCGAUGUUUACGAGCUUCGAGGAGCGGGAACGAGAGAGGAUCACUCUGCAGGGUGUUGACCACGCUGCCCUCGACCUCCUGGUCGACUACGUCUACUCCGCAGAGGUUCACGUCACUGAGGACAACGUGCAGGUGCUUCUGCCGGCGGCGAAUCUCCUCCAGCUAAACGACGUCCGUGACGCGUGCUGCGACUUUCUUCAGGCCCAACUCCAUCCGUCCAACUGCCUUGGCAUCCGAGCCUUCGCCGAUCUCCACGGGUGUAUGGAGCUCCUCGCGCACGCCGACAGCUACAUAGAACAACAUUUCUCAGAGGUAGUCGAAGGAGAGGAGUUCCUCACCCUGACCCCGCAACAAGUCGCCAAGCUGAUAUGCAGCGAUCGUUUGACUGUUCCGUCCGAGGAGAAGGUGUUCGAGUGCGUUAUAUCAUGGGUCCACAACGAUCUGGAGCGAAGGCAAGACCACCUUGCUCAGCUGAUGGAGCACGUCAGGCUGCCUCUCCUUUCUCAGGAGUAUCUAGUCCAGAGAGUCGAACAGGAACCACUGCUAAAAGCUAACUUGCAGUGCAAGGACUUUCUCAUCGAAGCUUUGAAGUACCAUCUCCUCAAAGGGGAGCAGAAAACCUUGUUCAAAACCGCAAGGACCAAACCACGGCAGCCGGUCGGUUUACCCAAGGUUUUAUUAGUUGUCGGGGGACAAGCACCCAAGGCCAUCAGAAGCGUUGAGUGCUACGAUUUUAAGGAGGAACGAUGGUACCAAGUUUCCGAGCUUCCUACGCGACGCUGUAGAGCUGGACUUUCCGUUCUCGGUGGUCGAGUUUAUGCUGUUGGAGGCUUUAACGGUUCUCUCAGAGUUCGAACAGUAGAUGUUUACGAUGCGGCGGCUGAUCAAUGGUCAGCCUGUCCAGGCAUGGAGGCUCGAAGAUCAACCCUGGGCGUCGCAGUCCUCGGCAACUGCAUCUACGCGGUCGGUGGUUUCGACGGUUCAACCGGGUUGAACUCGGCCGAAGUCUACGAUCCUCGGACCCACGAGUGGAGGAUAAUUGCACCGAUGUCAACGAGGCGGAGCAGCGUCGGCGUCGGCGUCGUUAAGGGCCUUUUGUACGCGGUUGGUGGUUAUGACGGUGCCUCUCGGCAGUGCCUCUCGAGCGUCGAAUGUUACAAUCCGGAAACCGAUCAGUGGAAAGCGGUACCAGAAAUGUCCUCACGUCGAAGUGGUGCCGGGGUUGGAGUCCUUGACGGUAUUCUGUACGCCGUUGGAGGUCAUGAUGGGCCGCUGGUAAGGAAAAGUGUCGAAGCCUUCAACCCCGAGACUAAUCAAUGGACCUCCGUCAGCGACAUGGCUCUCUGUAGAAGAAACGCCGGCGUUGUCGCGUUGAACGGGAUGUUGUACGUCGUUGGCGGCGAUGACGGAACGUCGAAUCUCUCCUCGGUCGAGGUGUACGCUCCGCGUACGGAUACGUGGUUAACCCUGCCAGCAUGCAUGGGAAUCGGUCGCAGUUACGCCGGUGUGGCUAUAAUCGACAAGCCGUUGAUGGGAACCCUGACGAUGUGAGGUAUGCCGGCCGCUGGACACCCGUUUGACGUAGAUAACGACGUGGAAUCGACCACCGAUCAUCUACGGGAAUCGGGUCCCAGCGGCACUCCGUCCAACCACUCUGAGCAGAACGCACCUCCGCUUUACCACCAGCUUAGCCACGACUGCGAGGGGCCACGUUGCCUGUGCCAGAGAUACGAGAACGGGGAACUUGCCGCGGCUGUUCUGAACCAGAACCGGAACCCGAACGAGCUUAGGGACUACGAAAAUCAUCAGAACGUCGGGCGCGGUCAUCGGCGCCCAAACCAGAGCCACCCGAACCUGAAUCCGAACUAUCAAAACCCGAUCGAUUUCAUCGCGAACGACAACCAUGCGACCGGAAGAAGGGGCGGAAGUGGACAUGACCGCGACCGCCGGCACUACGAGCCUGAAGAAAACAUUUACGAACGUCUCGACGAGGUGCAGGGCUGCAGGGAAGGUGAUCAUACCUACGAGCGCAUAGACGAUAGAGCGUGGCAUCGCAGGGCUCGGUACCGGACGUCCGGUCCCCAAAACGUAGCUGGACCCAGCGACGUCUACGUCGACUCUAGGCGCAUAACGGGGCCCUCGUGUCUGAGCAGGCUGGGGAGGAACUGUUUCUCGACCGAGAACAUUGCCUCUGCGUCGAACCGACGCUACGUAUAUCAGCUCGGUCAGAACUGCACGUGCCAAUUUUGCAGACAUCUCGACGCCCGCGCUGUCUGCCAAUACUGCAACAACUUCCACGACAAACUCCGGUACCAGGAUCCGGGGACCCUUCCCAACCUCGCAGGAUCAAGACACUACAUAUAUCAGCUAUCGAGGAGUUGCAGGUGCGCCUUGUGCCGAGAUGAUUCGCUUUAUGCCCGCUUCCCCAUCAACUCAAGACUCUCCGAUUCGUUCAGGCGGGACUGCCACUGCCGAAAUCCGGGAACCUGCUCGUGCAGGAGCAGAUUUUUGUCGUACUCAAAUCCCGCGAUCUACAUCGGCAGGAUUAACCAUGCGGUAAACAAUCCACUCUACGCGACCCCCGUCGGCAUUUUGGACCCGAACCCGUCAACGUCGAGCGGUGCGCAAGGACUCGGCGAGCCCUCGACCAGCACUGGUCGGACCUCGGGUAAUUACGCGUCGAGCAAUCCUUCGAGCUCCGGGGUUCCCGCUUGUUCGGGAAAUCGAUCAAGCGAUCGUCAGCACGUCUGCGAUGACUCCUGCAUACGGAAUCCCAACGUCGGCGGUGUCUAUCAGAUCCUGGGCAAGUGUGAGAGAGCCGAUUGUCAUCACGGCAGGGUUUCCAUACACUGGGUGUUCGUGAAUAAAUGGGUUCCCUCGUGGAGUGCCCAGGAUUCUGUACCCGAGGCCGACGCUAAUCCCGAACCUGCGUCCAGAGAUGACGAACCUCGAAAUCAGCCGGAAGGUGACGCGGACGAAUCCUAAUUUCUGAGAAUUCUUGACUGCGUGUCAGUCAAUUGUAAACAAGGUAGAUGAAAAUGUAAACAUAAUGAUAUUAAUAAUAAUUACCCCAAUACCUCUAAUCCUUUCCUCUUUAAAAAUUGUGAGCCUCAAAUAGUAUAUCUAUAUUUCUUAUCUCGUAUAUAAUAAAUCGAUAUGAUUGUUCUAUUCUUACAUCACGUGAUUGGAUAUAAAAACGUUUCGGUAUGUCCUUACACUCCUACAUAAGUCCUCGUCGAACAAUAAUAAUUGUUACAUGUGUUGUAUGUAUCUACCUAUUUCCAUGUUUUAGGAAAAAAAAUAAUGAUGUUAAUAAAUUAGUAAUGCAGCUGA